AUGAACCAAUGGACAAUCCAAAAUCCGCAAUCAGGUCACCAAUACCAGACCGCAGGGUCGCCAGGUGUUCACACUCCGGCGGGACUCGUGAACGCCGGCAGAGCAGAUUACCGUGCUACUGCAUCAGGCUCACAGUUUGUGAGGCAGCAUCAGGACCCUCGAGUGGGCGCUACUACCAGGCGUUUUACCGCACUGUCUCACGCCGUCAGUCAUGUCGCGUUGGCUGAGCUAUACCCUGUGCCGCUGGGUGCAACAAACGACGAGGCGCUGGAAUGGUUGCAAUUAUUGAAACAGAAGACGACGGUCAAGUUGGAUCCCCAGGUGAACGCAUUUGACUACAGAAUACUGGCCAUCCGGACUGAGGAAAGGAGAACUUUGCUGGGGCCUGGUGGCGCACUGGGCUGCGCUGGACCGCAUUGUCCUGCUUUGAACACCUCGCAUCUUCGUGCAGAUGCUCACAACCGUCGACCCGACGCGAGAGAUGGUGGGAUUGAUUAUCUCAUUCGCGGUGAGGAGAUCUCGAUGGACCAGAAGCAGGAGCAGGCAGACGCCGAUCCGCAGCCGCAACCGCAGCUGCAGGACAACUGA